AUGAACGAACAAGAAGAAGACAGUUGGAAUACAAGAAAAACAAAGUACAAAGAAAAAAAGAAUACAUUACGUUGUUUCGCAAAAUAUUGAUAAGAUAUGGUGUACAACAAACUUAAACAAAAUUAGAAUCAUCAAAACACAAAAACAAACAAAGCAAAUUCUCGGUUGAUAAAGUUAAGUUGUUCAAAAUAACACCAUCAAUAGUGACAGAUACAGUGUCUCCAGAGGGCACAGAUCAAUAGCUGCGACGUAUUAUUACCCAAAAAACGCAUAUAAUAUCAAAACAAGGCAAAAUCAAAGUGAAAAAGAGAAAGUGUUUAUUCGUUUAACUUAGUUUCCCUUUUUGGAAUAUCAACGGGUGUCUCAUAGAAAGCCCUUAACAUGACACCAGCCAUGGAAAAAAUUCCCCUUAAACAAGCAGAAAUUGCCGUAAGGCGUUUCAACGACAUGGCCAUUCCACAUCAUUUGGGACUGUUGAAAAAUCACCACAGUAACAUUGAAAAAAGUCUAGCUCUAGGUGAUUGGAACAAAAUCAAAAAGGAAGAGAUCAAUGCCAUGCGAGUAAUAAAACAAAUCAAAAAUCUUUUACUCGAAAUGGAUGCCUUAAGGGAAAAGGUGCGGGAGGAGGACUUGGAACGUUUCGAUGCAAUGAUGGAAAAUGGCAAACAAAAGGCAUUUGAUGGCAUGAAAGAAUAUUUGGAAUUGCAAUUGAAAUCACCCACUAACACGUUACGUUCCCAGGGCACAUACGAAGAGGAUGACAUAGAACAGCAUUUAAAUGAUACCGUUGAAAUUGGACUAACACAAGCACAUCAGCAAACAUUACCGGAAAUUAGAGCUAAUUUUUCACAACAAGAACAUCUUUUGGCACAACGACAAUCAUGUUUGGAUGAAUUGCAGAAUUUACAAGAAGAAAUACGUGAUCUAAAUGGCAUGUUCCAUAACAUGGGUGAAAUGGUGCAUCAACAGGGCGAAAGUGUGCAGGCUAUAGCCGAUAAUGCCGAAGAAGCUUUGGAAAAUGUCCAAGCGGGAGAAAGUAAUCUAAGAAAAGCUUUGUCGUAUAAAAAAGCCAUGUAUCCUGUUGUGGGUGCUCUGCUGGGCACAUGUGUGGGAGGACCCAUAGGCUUGGUGGCUGGCCUUAAGGCAGGAGGCCUGGCCGCUGUGGGAUGUGGCAUUUUAGGUUUCACCGGAGGCAGUGUUCUAAAAAGUAAUCCCGCCAUUAUGCAAGGCAACAUAGAGGAAGAGAAUCAUUUAUCGGAGAAUUCUCAAGAAACUCAGGAGGAGAUUGAAAUGACCAAAAAGGAUGAAUGACAAUUGGAGAAUUACAAUCAGCCAAUGACAGUGUGGUCAGCGGCUACACGUCAGCUCAUGAAUUUACAAGGCUCGGCUGCCAAUCGUUUGGAUCCCGUGGCCCAGGCCACAACCGGUGUUUUGUGCAGUGUCAAAUCCUAUUGUACUCUACAAUAGAGAGUGGAAACAAACAUACUAACUGAAAUACAUUACAUUUUUUUUAUAAUUUAUUUUUAUAUUAGCUUGGUAAGUUUUAAGAAGAGACUUGAGGCACAGUUGAAGUGGGAAAGAAAGUAUGCCUAAAUUUACUCCAAAGUUUGUUUGUUGUGUUCAAAAAAGGACGUUUGUUGUUAUUGGCUUUCAAUUGAUUGCUUAGAUUAAGAAAAAAAAAACUUAGAACUACUAAUCUAGGCAAAAUAAGUUUAAGGAUGAUGAGACCAUCAAACACUUAUUCUUGUGCAAUUUCACCUCCUUAGCUGUUAUUUUAAGAAAUUUUUUAUACAAAGUUUCGAAUAUCCAAAAACAUUCAUUAGUCAUUGGGCACUUUUUUUCAAUUGUUUUUUUUUACAAUUUAGUCUUAAUGGUGAAGUUUAGAAGAAGUGCUCGAAUAAUAUACCCUAAUUUACUCAAAAACCAAGAAAGAUAAAAAUGAGAUUUUAGAAAACUAAAAACUAUUUGCAAUAAACCCUUAUAAGAGAAUUAUCAUUAUCGCGCAUUGUAAAUUAUAUAAAUGUUCGUGUGUAUGUGUGUUGCUCCUAUUAGCAUUCAAUAAAAAAAAACUUCAUGCCUUUUUGUUUUCUUUUGAAAAGAA